AAAGAGAAUGCCCGUUUGCGCACGGCGGUCACUCUAUCCGAGCUGGACGGACAACACAAACUUUGUACGGACGACAGAUUUCUACCCUACUAGGGUUUUCUCCUUUGGAUUAAAUUUAUUCGCUCCGUUUAUAUAUAUAUAUAUAAUUUUUUUUUGUUUUCGCUGCUGAUUGCGCGGGUUUGAGUCGACGCUCGUCUCCAUUUGGCACCAGACGCAUCUGUCACCACCUGCAACCGAGUGCCUAAAGCUGUCAAAGUCAUGCCGGCCGGGUUUCAGCAGCUCGGAGGGGAGACGGUGACAGGAACCCUCGCUCUAUCAGUCUUCACUGCUGUCCUGGGAUCGCUGACGUUCGGCUACAACAUCGGCGUCAUCAAUGCACCACAGAAGAUCAUUGAGGGGGACUACAACGCGACGUGGAUUCAUCGGUACGGAAAACCAAUCCCCUCAGGGACUCUCACCUCCCUCUGGUCGCUGUCUGUGGCCAUCUUCUCCAUCGGGGGCAUGCUCUCCUCCUUCUGCGUGGGCUUCAUCUCAGAGUGGCUGGGCAGGAGGAAAGCGAUGCUCGCCAACAAUUUGUUCGCCUUCGCUGCUGGGAGUCUGAUGGGAAUGUCUAAGGUCUGUCGCUCCUUUGAAAUGAUGAUUCUGGGACGCUUCAUCAUUGGGGCCUACUGUGGACUUGCAUCUGGUUUGACGCCCAUGUAUGUGGGGGAGAUAGCUCCUACCAGUCUUCGAGGUGCACUCGGCACGUUGCACCAACUGGCCAUAGUCACUGGGAUUCUUAUAGCUCAGAUUCUGGGUCUGGAGACGUUGCUGGGCAGUGAGGACCUUUGGCCCGUUCUGCUGGGUUUGACCGUGGUACCGACUGUGCUGCAGAUGGGUCUGCUGCCCUUCUGCCCCGAGAGCCCCCGAUUCCUCUACAUCAUUCGGAGUCAGGAGCACCACGCCAAGAGUGGCUUGAGGAGGUUGACGGGCCGGCAGGAGGUGGGUGACAUGCUGGCAGAGAUGAAGGAGGAGAAGAGGAGGAUGGACAUGGAGAGGAAGGUCUCCAUCCUAGAGCUCUUCCGCUCCCCUCUUUACCGCCAGCCCAUCGUCAUCUCCAUCCUGCUGCAGCUCUCCCAGCAGCUCUCUGGAGUCAAUGCAAUUUUCUACUACUCCACCAGUAUCUUCAUGAAGGCAGGAGUCCAGAGUCCGGUCUACGCCACUAUAGGGGCCGGAGUUGUGAACUGUGCCUUCACCGUGGUCUCGCUGUUCCUUGUGGAGCGGAUGGGUCGGCGGACACUUCACAUGUUGGGUUUGGCAGGAAUGUGCGUUUCUGCCAUUAUCAUGACUAUAGCUCUGGCUUUACUGGACAGCAUUCCUUGGAUGAGCUACAUUAGCAUGCUAGCUAUCUUUGGCUUUGUGGCCUUCUUCGAGGUGGGUCCAGGUCCCAUUCCUUGGUUCUUUGUCGCUGAGCUGUUCUCUCAAGGCCCGAGGCCAGCUGCCAUGGCUGUGGCGGGCUUCUCCAACUGGACCGCCAACUUCAUCAUCGGCAUGGGCUUCCAAUACGUUGCGGAUCUCUGUGGGCCAUACGUGUUCCUGAUAUUCGCAGUGCUGCUCCUCUUUUUCCUCAUCUUCACCUUCUUUCGGGUGCCAGAGACCCGGGGAAAGACAUUCGACCAGAUCGCAGCCAACUUUAAUCAGCACUCGGCGGGUGGCAUGAUGGAUAUGGACAUGGAGCUGAACAAGCCCAGCACGGAGCUGGACUACCUGGGGGACGAGAGCAUCAACUGAAGAGUCCAAACAAACAAACAAACAAAAACAAAAAAACAAGCUGAGUACAAUUUGAGAUGACGUUUGUGUACGGACCCCACUCCAAAAUUUUAUUUUCUGAGAUAUUUUGAGAUCUGUAGUCCUAUUGAUAUAGUUUGUGGUGCCAAAGCAAUGUCAAGAUGAGUGUGUGACAGUAUGGACGUUUUUGGAGCCGUCGUUUGCUGGUACCACAGCAGUUUGCUAACUCACGGUUCUGAUCGUUGCUCUGACAGCUCAAAGCCUUUGAGUUAAGAGACUGACUGAUGAAGAAAAAAAAACAGAGGCAUUGACUGCCGGUGUGAGAUGAUUUCAUUCAGUGCUGAUGAACUCAGUCGCAGCAUUGAAAGAUGGGGAAAUUUUGGAAUUCCUGCACUUUAUAAAGAAAGACUUCGGCGAACGGAGGUACAGGUACUGUAGGACGGUGGUAUCUAACUUUGGUUCUGAAAGACCAAAUCAGAUGUAAACGGUUGAGCCACUUUCUGAACAUCAUGUUCUGCAAAUGCUUGGUAAUGGACAAUUAAUUUGCUUUGCGCUGUGUUCAACCUAGUGAACAUCUAAGACCUGUAGGACAUUUGGGUCUUGGGGACUAAAAACAGACAUCACUGUCGUAGGAAGUUGACGUAACUUGAUAGUUUUCACUUAAGAUGGGGACAAGUUAGAGUAAGGCUGAUUUGGGUUCUUUGUGCAGAUUUUGGAAAUACUAGUUUGCUUUACCAUUCGAUUUUAAAGGAGCAGCAUUAUGUAUUUUCUUGCUCCUCGUUUUAGACCUUAAUCAAAUAAUCUUUCUCCCAGUUGUUGUAAAAAUGCUAGAUAUCAAAAAUAACUUAAAGGAAAUUCGUCUACAAAAUUUAAUGCAUUGAAAUUGGGUCUCUGUCUCUUUAAGAAUCUCCCUCUCCAUAACAACAUUCCUCUUUCAAGCCUUUGAGAACAUUUUUACCAGCUUUUCACUGACGGGUCGUUUGUAUGAUGAGUUCAGGAGAUGCCACAGCUCCACUGGGUGUUUGCUACCUGCUGCUGCCACUAGUCUGAAGGAGCUGAGUGGGGAAAAGAGCUCUAUGAGGUGGAAGCUUGGCUAUUACCAAGCAGGAAGAAGCUGCUUGGAAAUAGGCGCCGGUUUGUCAGAUGGUUGCUACUGGAGAUUCAAAGAUUUCUCAUGAAAGAUUUAAAGAAGCACACUGCGCAUGCUUUUGAAGAGAGUAACAUGAUAUAAAAUCUAAAAAAUAAGUCCCAAAAUUUAGCGCAAGACUGCCUUUUUAAAUUGGCAAAUGCGCUAAAAAUCGAGCAACAAAGAGAGUUCCCACGUUUAUUAGCCUUUUCCCCAUAUUGUUAUUAAAAAUGCUUUGAUAAAAGUUAAAACCUUAACUUUUAUUACAAAUUUGGGAAGUUUAACUUUUAUUCAGCUGAUGCUUGAACAGCAGCUGAGCCGUGUUUGUAGGGAGACAUUGUGAUACUGUCGAUAAUACAAUUACACAGGAUAAACUGUUUGCUGACGUUUUUCUUCAUAGCAUCCUGCUGAUGAAGCUUGGAUCAAUGAGCUACACAGAUUAAAAACUGCCCAUCAAUUUUAUUGGCAUGCAGACCUCAAAUCAGAGUAGCUAUUGCAUCAAAGCCACGUUGAUUAGAUUUGCUGCACAGCUCUACGCUGUUCCUCAAAACGUUGCUGAAACCGACUUCCCGUCUGAGCAAAGCAGAGAUGAAUCUGAGCACGCUCUAGAAAAAUCUCUCGGCUUUGUGAACAAGCUUAAAGAUUGAAUUUUUGUAUCUACAUGAAAAUCCCCAUGAAUAGAUCUACAGCUUUUGGCCUUUCAGCCUCCAGCUUCUUAGAGACCAAACUAGUAAAAUGGCCCUUUGAGUCCGUUGAGCUACCAAGUGAAAAACCAAAAUCCUGAUGGGUUUAAGGGUUAAAAUUACCCCAAUUUAGACAUAAAAAGUCAGAGUAAACCCUUUAGAAAAUGGAAUAAGUUUAGAAAUUAAACAUUUCACACAUUUUCCUCACUGCAGGAGUCCUGCAUCAGUCAGUUCUUUACACAUGUUCCCUUCUUAAGUUUUAAUGUUUUUCAGAUUUCAGAAAACAUUUUUUGGUACUUCUUGUGUACAUAGUGUUUUUGUCAUGGUAUGUGGGUCUAAAGUUUCUACUCUGUAUGCACUCCAGCUGCUGUAUGAGUUCUGUGGAUGCUCAGUGAGGUUAGAGAUCAGGAUUUAUUUUGUAGUUUAUGUACAGACUUUGCAUCCAUGUGUGUGCUCUGUUAUGUAGUGCUCAUUUCUGAAUAUUUGUAUCGAGAUUUUUUUUUUCUCAGUGGACUUGUAAUUUUAUGCUGUGGUUAUA